AUGAAUACCAAAAAGGAAGAUUAUAACAAUGACAAAUUAUAUCUCAAGUUAUAUGAAUAUAUAUCUAGAAUAGAUAAAUUUUCUUCGAAUGAUAUUAAUUCACAAAAUGAAAAGGAAAAGAGAAAAUGUAUUACAAAGCACAAAAAGAAAGACGAACAUAAAAAUUUUAACCAUGAAACAAUAUCUAAUUUUAAUAAAAAUGUGGGAAAUGAUAAUAAUACAUUUAAAGAAAAAAAUGAAUACAUAAUAAAAAAUGAUAAUAUAAAUUAUGAUAAUCAUAAGACAUAUGGAAAUGUCCAAGAUUAUGAUGAAUAUAAGGAUUAUCUAUCGAACGACUCUUUAAGUGUUUAUAGUUCAUUUGAUGAGGAAGAAAAUGAAUUAGAUUCUUAUAUCACUCAAAAUAAACAAAAUGAAAUUGAUGAAAGAAAUAAGGAAAAUAGAAAAAAUAAUAAUUUGCCUAUUACAUUAUCUGAUCAGGAAGAAAUAAAAAAAGAUAAUCAUUUACAUAUAAAUAAUAUUACAGAUAAUAUAUUACAUAAUGUUUCAGAAGAGAAAAAUUCAUUUCAUAUUUCUAGUAAAAAUGAACCUACCAAUGAUUCUUAUAAUUAUAUAGAAAAUAAAGAAAUUUCAGAGAAAAAAGAGGAUAAUAAUAUUUGUCAAUAUAAAUUUAAAGAAACAGAAAAGAAUAACAAUAUGGAUAUUUUUAUGGAAAUAGAAAACUAUUAUUUUAUAUAUAAAAUGAAUAGAAAAAUUGAAGAAUAUAAAAGUGUUAAUGAAAUGAAAAUUAUAAAAAGUGAAAGAAAUGAAAAAUUGUCUGAAAUGUUUAAAAAGAUUCAUAACAUUUUAACAUAUUAUAAAGAAAUAAAAAGUGAAUUGAAUAACUUAAUAAAAAAUAAACAGCUCAUUUAUAAAAAUUUUUAUUCUAUUUUUUUACAUUACUAUUAUAGAUACUCAGAAGUUAAAAUGAUACAAUUAAACAAAAGCAAAGUUGAGAAACGUUUAAAAUAUUAUACAAAUAUUGAGCGUUUUGAAAUGAUUCUAGACAAAAUGGAGAAAAAUGUAUAUGCAUAUUUUAUUGAUAUAUAUAAAACGUCCAUGAUAAAAAAUAAACAAGUAGGAAAAAAUGAACAAUGUGUUGUUUUGUAUGAGGGAGAAGGAGAAUACACGAGUGAUUAUGAGGAGACAGAUGAAGAUUUGGUAGAUGAAAUGAAGGAAGACGAGGAUUAUGAUGAAGAAUAUGAUGUAUAUGAUAUAUAUGAUAUAUAUGAUAAUGUGGAUGAUGAUCUAUAUGAUAAUAUAGAUGAAAAUGUGGAUAAUGAUAUGUAUGAUAAUAUAGAUGAUCAUGUGGAUGGUGAUAUGUAUGAUAAUAUAUAUGAUAGUUUAGAUGAUAAUAUAGAUGAUCAUAUUGAUGGUAACAUAGAUAAACAUAUAAAUGACCAUUCAAAAGAAGAAAUACAUGAUGAUAUAAGUCAAGAUACUCAACAAAAAAUGGACCUAUCCCUCACAUAUAAAAAAAAAAAAUCUUCCAAACUAAGUGACACGAAUAAAAAAAAUGUUACCAAAACUAAAAAUCAAAUUAAAGAUAAAAAAAAAAAUUCUUUCUCUUAUAUAAACAAUAGUAGUACAUUAGAAAAUAAUCAAUCGGCAAGUUCCUCCUCUCAUCUUUUGAAUGAACUUUUUUUGAAAAGCAUGGAAUGUAAUUUUUUAAAUAAUAUUGAUGACGACAACUUUAAAAGAGAAAUAUACAAAAAAUUACUAAACAAAAAUAAAAUAGAUAAAAAUAAAGAAAAAAGAAAAAAAAAACGUCAUAUAAACAAAUGGAAUGAAAGAAAUGAAAUUCAUUCUAUGUUACACUUUUCAGAAAAGGCCAUUAAAUUUUUUAAAAAAAAUAAUACAUAUUUCAACUCAAAAGGGAAAAUUCUAAAAUAUCAAUCAAUUAUUAAAAGAAUAUUAAAAUAUAUUAUAAACUUAUUUAGGGACGUCUUAAAUAAUACUGAUUUAAAUAUUAAUUGGACCAAAGAAGAUAGAGACAAAUAUGUGCAUGAUAACCAUUAUGAAAAUAGAAGAACCUAUGAAAUUAAUGAUACAAUAUAUAGAAAUUCAUUGAAAAAUCACGAAACAAAUAUUAAUAUUAAUAUUAAUAAUAAUGAUAUUAUAAGCUGUGGUGAACAUAUUAAUAGGAAUUUGGAAAAUGUUCCUACGAAUAAUAAUGAAAUAAAACUUUUUUCAAAUACACAAAAUGAAAAUUAUAGUAUUAACCAAAAUGGGAAUGAAAACGAGAAUGGAUUAUUACAACAAAAUAUAGAAAAUGAAGAAAAAAUGAAUGCAAAUUUUAUUACACAUGAAGAUAUAAAAAAAUCUAAUAUAUAUGACAAUAAUAUAUAUAAAAUUUCUACUAUUAAUAAUUUAAUUAAAAAUCAUUCUUUAUUACAAACAAAUGAUGAAAACGAAAUUGACAAAAUAUAUAAUAAUGUGAAUAUAAUAUAUUUCAAUAAAUAUAUAGAUGAGUUUGAAUAUUAUAAGAAAUACAAAAUAAAAUGUUAUUGUAUGAAAGAUAUCAUAAAUUUUAUUUAUAAAAAAUCAUUAAAUGAUGAAAAUAAUAUAUAUAUAGAUGAUUAUAACUCAUUGGAAAGUAUAUAUGUGAGUACAAGAUUAAAAAUUUUAAAUAAUAAUAUUUUAAAAAAUUUUGAAUAUUUCUUUGAUAAAGAUAUUUGUAAAUAUAUAAAAAAUGUGUGUCUAUUAGCUAUAUAUAUUUCAAAAUUAGAAUCAGAUUUAUUUUUUUAUAUAUUUAAUAAUAAUCUAAAUUCUUCUAUUAAUAUUAUACUCAAUAGUAUUGGUGUAAGUAUAUAUGAUAAUAUUAGUGAGAAAAUUUAUGAAUUAAAUAAUAUGAAAAUUAUAAGAAAAAUUAUUCAAAUUAUUUAUGUAGAUAUAAUUGAUAUAUAUACUGAUGAUUCUUAUAAUAUUAUACAUGAUUAUUUGAAACGAAUAUGUGAAACAUUGAAAGAGAGAUUAUUAUAUAUAAUAGAAAUGUAUAUCUCAUAUUAUACUAAAAAUGUUAAUUAUAAUAAUAUUAUUCCUUAUAUAUGUUUCCAACCAAUAAAAAAAAAAUUUACCAACAUAAUUAAUGGCUUUUUAUAUGAUGAUUAUAUAGUAAGCAGUAAUUAUGAAAUAAUAAAUCAUGAGACUACAAAAAAAAAUAAGGACCAACUUUUGAAUAAUACACAAGACAAAUUUUAUGAUAUAAAUAUUUUUUAUUCUGAUAAUAUUAAUUAUGUAGAAAAAAAAAUAGACAAUAUAUCUUCUAAUAAUAUAUAUAAUCCAAAUGAUAAGUAUAUGGAAAUCUCUGAAAAUGAUGAUUAUUCUAGUGAAAGUAUAGAAAGUGAUAAUAAUUAUAAAGAACAUGAAUAUAAUAUAAAUAUAUUGAAUGAAAAUAAUGUAUACAAAUCUUUCUCAUUUAAUAAUAUUCAAUUUAAUAUAGAUACUAGUUUUUCCUUAAGAGGAAUAGAUUUGAAUAUAAUAGGAACCAUUCUAAUUUUAAAAACUAUUAAUUUUAUAAUUGAAGAAAAUACUUUUAUAGAUUUAUUCAAAGAAUGUUUAGAAAAUACAUUUAAUUCUAUAACAUAUAUAUAUAAGCAAUAUAUAAAAAAACAUGAUGAUAUGUUUAAUUCAAAUAUUUAUCUUAUAAAAAAUUUAAGUUUCUUACUUUAUUUAUUUUAUAAAGUCACUAAGGAUAAUGAUUUUUUAAAUAAUUAUUUACAUAACGAUUUAACAGAUCAUUUAUUAUUUAAUAUAACACAUAAAGAAAGUAAAAAGAAUGAUCAAAAAUACAAAACAGGAAAAGAUAGUAAUAAUAAAAAUGAAAUAACAGCAGUAGAAAAUGAAGGUUCUAUUUUUAAUUUUAUUAAACGAGUGUAUACUGUAUCUUCAAAUGCUGAUGUGCAAAGUAAAAUUUUAAAUACGUUUAAUGAGAGCUUAUAUAAUUUUAUUAUAACCACCAUAUCGAAAGUGUGUGCUCCUCUAAUUAUUAUCCUUUCGAAUGAAUAUAACGAUUACACAAAUGAGAAUGACAUAAAAGAAGUACUAUAUAAUUGGAUGAAUGGAAAGAAAAAAGAAAAAGAAGAAGAACAUAACAACGUUAAUUCUAGAAAAGAUAUGUUUUCGUUUUUGAAAGAACUUGAUUUUGAACAGCUUAAGGAAUAUACAAUAAAUAUAAACGAGCAGAAAAAUCAAGAACUAAGUAAUAAAAAUAUGGAUGAUAUAAAGAAUGAGUUACAAUCAUUUCGUCAAAAAAUAUACUCUUUGUUUCCUAAGAUUUAUUUUUAUAUAAAAUUAUUUAUUUGUUCAAAUACUGAUAGAUACAACGAAAACAAUUUCUUUUACGUUCUGUUUGAUUAUAUAAUAGGAGUCUUAAAAUAUAAAAUAAUAUAUAUGUUAAGUGAAUUGUAUUUUCUACUAAGAUGUAAAUAUUCAAAACAGAUUUCAAGUAUUUUUGAAGAAAAUUAUAUUAAUGACAUAUUUCUUUUUUUAAAUUCGAAAGAGCAAUAUUCAUGCGUUUUUUCAGAUAUACAUCAAUAUUAUGAUAUGAAAAAAAAUUAUAAUUUUUUGUAA